AAGCGAGAGAAUGAGGAAGUAUGUCUGGACAGUUUUUCUUUUUUCCUUCUCCACAGUGUGAUCAAAAGUGACUCACUAGCGAAUGAAAGUCAACGGCAUGAGAGAGGUGGCAACUAGGAGGCAACUGAGAGGAGGAUUUUAUAGGAAGAGAGAGAGACAGGGAGAGAUGGAGUAAGUCAGAGAAAGAGGGAGAGAGUAAGAAAGAGAGAGAGAGAAGGAAGAGAGAGAAAAAAGUGAAAGAGAGGCAUGCAGACGCAGGAGGGUGUGGAGGUGAUAUUGUGCCAGUACUGUCCGUGACCGCGCUGUGUGGUCACCACGACCAUCGCUCAGUACCAACAGCCCUCGAAAGACUAGAGGACGUUACGUAGCAGCAUGGCCCCAGUCGCGAUGCUGGCAUUGGGCUGGACAGCCGCGAGGUCACUGUCCCCGGAGUUAAUCCUCGCUGCCCUGCUCUGUCUCAUCGCACUCAUAAAAUUCCUCGCCAUCUGCUCCCAGUGCAACAGAGAGACAUUUGAACCGAAAGAGCCCUCUCAAACAGAGAAAUCCCCAUCGUCUCUGAUACAGGUGGUUAACCUGGAGGACACUGCCAUGUCCACAGAGAAUCCCUGUUUUGAAUAUGUCGCAAAAGAUGAACAAGUUCCGAGACCCACGUCACAGAGAGAAUCCACUCAGGUGUCUAUGGAAUCUGGGCAAGUGUGGUACACACCAUGGAGAAGCCACACCAAUUCACUGAACCACCAAGAUCACAUGGGCAACUCACUCAAUCAUGAACCAAACCCAGCCGAGUCUCCGGGCCGCGCUUUUGCCAGAGCUCCAACACCCUCUGGAGUAGCAGCUACCCCACUGCAGGAGGGGGCGAGCAUGUGGCUCCCAUCAGCCCAUUCUGAGAUUUCAAGUCGCCCGAGAGACGCCCCAAUAGAGCGGGUUCGGCCCCUCUGGCAGUCGGAGACACGGGAAGACAACGGUGGCAUUCCGGAAAGUUCCACCGGCUCCGUUUCUCAGCAUUGGAUCAGAGCGCAGCAUACCUAUGAGAGCCUAGAAGACAUGCGGCCAGCCACCUCUGAGGAGAGAGAAAGCAACGGCUACCAGACUGUGGAAGAGUUCAAUGCCUCAGUGCCUUACCUGUCCGACAGCAUGCGAAGGGCUGGAUCAGACCUGCUGUCUCCUCCCACUGCGGAUGAGGGGGUGGAGGAAUGGAUGAUGGGCAUGGGACCGAAAGCUAUGUAUGCCCAGGUGAGCAAGAAAUGCAAGAACCCUGCCCAGCCGUCACAUACACUGCCAGAGGGGGAGGAGCCUGUUCCAUUGCCCAACCUACUUCUGGAGGAAGAGGAGGAGCCUGCUCCACCACCUGUCCCAGACAGGAACUUUGAGAUGUAGGCAUUCAUUCCAACAGCUCAGCAUGUAAGGGCACUGGAAGUUAUAUACAAAAGCCAAACCUGCAUGUGUAUUUAUUAUUAUUAUUAUUAUUAUUAUUAUUAUUAUUAUUAUUAUUAUUAUUAUUAUUAUUAUUAUUAUUAAUAUUAUUAUUAUUUUAUUACAGGAUGGUAUAGCUGGUAGUAACAUAUGCAUACACACACAAUCAUUUAUCUGAAAACUUUUCAAAAAGGUGUUAAACAUUGCCUUUCUACAUGUUUAGGAAUAGAUACAUUCAGAGAUUGCAGGUGAAAGAGAAAUCAUCAAGUAGAGUUCUGAUAAGAACUGGAAGGAACCCCAAUAUUUUGUGGAACAGCCCACAUCUGAUCUCAUCCCAGUUAAAUGUAAAUGACAGCAAUCGCAUCCCAAACUCAGUUCAGUUUACACAUAAAUGAAUGUGCGUGUAUGCCAAAAGGACAGUUAUAGUUUAUAGGCAUAAUGAAACAUACCACUUGAAAACCCAUCACACGGUACAUUUUAAAAAUCUGUUCUCAGGCAAUUUCCAGUUGCAUGUAGACCAUACAUCAUUGCUAAACUACUUCUUCAAGGUGGGGGGGACUUUAUAUUCCUGUAAAAUAGCUUCAUUGUCUAUGUUUUAUCCAACUAUUGCGUUCUUUCUGUUUUUCUUGUCGCUUUUGUUUGUUACAUACAGUAUAUCCUGGUGUUGACGCAACAAGUAUUGAUUUCCCAACCUAAACAUGGAUUAUCGGAUCAUUAAAAUAGGGUAGGAUAUGAUCCAUUUGCUCUGUCAGCAAUGUCCUAUCUUGGUUCGAGGCGAAAGUGUGCCAAAUGCAUGACCCCAGCCAAUCAGGACAGCCCAGUCCCUUUAAAUGAGCAUUGUUCCCAUCACCAGGGUGUAUCUUUAUUUACCGCCACGGUAUUUGCUCUCUGUCGCCAGCACAGGCAGUUUGGCACUGUCCCAGGCCCGCAUUGCAUCACACUAUACGAUCUGUCAAAUGUCUGAGAUUCAUUUGAGCAUUCCAGACCUUUAGACAUUCGGCGACACAGCGCCCCACCUACAGCCAACAACUGAAACCGCUCCCAGUCUUGAGUCACGGUUGGAACGACAAGCCAUUAGAACCUGUGGCUUGUCAUGUCAUAGUACAGAAAUGUAUAUUUUUAUAAUAUAUAACAGGAAUAUCAUGAUAUUUCCUUUCACACUAAAAAUUCCUUUUCACAAUUAUAUGCCUGUAUUAUAUUUGUUAAAAUACGUAUUCGAAAUGCAUGCUACUAACCAGAUCUACAAACAUAUGAGAGAAGGAUAUUGUUCUCUGAUUAAUUUAUUUUUUGUCAGUAAUCUGCAGAACUUUUACUGUGGUACUGUGAAUGGGCCAAUCAGCAAGCAGGACUGGAACUCCAUUUUAUAGUGUGCAAUAUCAAGAGCUAUGUCUCUCUAAUGGCAGACAGUCCUGUUCAUCUGGUCAGCCUGCUGAAAGGUGGUAGAGACGUAAGAAAUAGCCAGGAUGAAGGCGAUGCGGGCAGUCCCUGAUAAUUGGCGAACGCAUUAGAGACAACAUAAGGAACAUAUGAGCUGACCAUAUGGUUGCUAUACAGAAUAUGUGCUGUUACUCUCGUGGUAACAGGCACACAGGAAGUAUAGAAGCAGAAAAUUGGUUCUGCAAUAGAUCACUGAAAACUGAUCACUUACUGUACGUCACAAUUUGUUCCUGUAUUAGGUCUCUGUUAGGUUUAAAUAGGACUAUAUCUGAAAAUAGUAUUUGCAUACAGACCUUGGACCUCAGAUGUAUUCUCUGACGUCUUUGAUGCAAAUUCCAAGCAACUGUUAAAAGAAUUAGGUCUUGUUAGUAAAGCUAACACACUUGCACAUUUUGGGUCGCUAUGUACAGAAAACAUUGAAUUCAAAUUCUUCUGAACUUGUAUUGAUAUCUCCAUAUAGUUGUGGAUUGUGACCCCCUCUCGAAGGCUGUGAUUCGUCCUUGAAACACCUGUGUAUAAUUUGUCUGAUGAUUGUAACUGCACAACUACAGUCAUGUAAAUUAAUAAUUUAUCUCUGUGGGAUGGUACAUUAAUUUGUGAAUGACACACCAGGCUUUUGAUUACAAAUCUUUCCUUGUUUUCAAAGCACUCUGUUUGAAAUUGUUUAAUUAAUGAUACCGAUUUAGGUUUUAUCCAUUGUCUUAAAUAAACAAUUAAUUACACAUUAGAACAGUUCUAUAAAGUAUUGUGAUUAUUUCUCUAUAGCAUUCACAUAUGGCAUUGUUACCUUACUAGUAUCUACUUUAUGUAUAGACACAUUCAUCAGUAAACGUUUAUUUUUCAAAAUGAUCCAAUUGUCAAGUUCUCUGGUAUUAUUGGCUCACAGUGCUGACUGUUAAAACCACCUUAUAAAUGCUGGAUUUUUAUGAAACAAAAAAUGCCACCCUUAACACAGUCUCAGCCCACAAACAUAUGAUUCACUUCAAGUCACUCACACCUAGAAACCAGCAUGCUUGAAACAACAGCAAAUUUUCAUUGUCUGCCGAGUCCAAAAAAAAAUAGUAUUUCACUUUUGCAACAACUUUUUGUGUCUUAGUACUCAGACCUAGUACAUCUGAUGAAUAUGUACUAACAUGUUCUUAUUCAUUAAUUAGUAUAACACUCAACACUUAGGUCUGAUACCAGCUGUGUUCAUAUGGUUUCUUGUGUUUUCAUGCCAGAAUUGGUUUCUCCAUGGUGAAAAUAUAUUUUGCAUGCCUAUGAAAGAAUAAAAAAUGUUUGUUUAACACUAA